UUUUUCAGGAGACCUGGUGGAACAUAUCUGGGCACCAUGCUGACUGAUCUGGAGAAUGCCUUGGAUUCAUUCAUUGACGUCUACCACAAGUACUCCCUGCUGCAAGGAAAUUACCAUUCCAUCUACAUGGACGACAUGAAGAAAUUGUUAGAGAAGGAGUGUCCUCAGUUCAUAAAGAAAAAGAGUGCAGAAACCUGGUUCAAAGAGUUGGAUAUCAACAGUGAUGGGGCAAUUAACUUCGAGGAGUUCCUCGUAAUGGUGAUAAAGGUGGGCGUGGAAGCCCACAAAGAAAUCCACAAAGAGUAGCAGAGCUGCUGGGAGCUGGGGCUGGGCCCCAGACAUGUACCUGUAGAAUAAUAAAGUCA